UGCAAUAUUCAUAAUAGUUUGAGUUUGACCAGCGCUCGGCAGAAGGCAAUAAAGUCAUCUGUCAUCCCUUGAGAGAGAGAGAGAGGUCUGUCUGAGUGUGAGGCUUCAUUUUCUAGUGUCUGAAAAGUAUUGAAAUUCGUCAGAAAAAGACGAAACACGGAACUCGUUAUAUGAAUAGAAUUACUCAACUCAUUUAAGUAGAUUUACUGUCUCAGCUAUCUUAUUUAAUGCCCAGUAUUUUUCUUCUGACGCUGAAGAUGGAGCUCCGAUAAUGGCGGGUUUAGUCAACAGUUGAGUUCUCGUACUGAAUUGGCAUCUUCCGUCUGUUUGGUCCAGCAUCCUCAUUGUGGUUAAUGGUGUUCCUGCAUCAGAACUUGAGCCAGAAAUGUUCUAACCUUUUAUGCUUAUGUAUUGCUUGAAUAUCAGUGAAGUUGUUUUCAAGCGAAGUCUUCUGUUUGGUGUGAGAAUUGUGGUGCUUCUGUGUGUCUUUUGCAAGUUAUCCAUAGCAUUGUGGUGCCAGCAGUUGUUCUCAUUGACAUUGUACUCAACAGAAAAUAAAUCCAGCAAUUUAAGUAUGGAGCAAUCCAAAAAUCAUAAUUUUAUACAAUAUAAUUCUGCUGAACAUGGAUAUGAAGAUAUUGGUCCUGAAUCGCUGAUGCAUAUGGGAGAUGCUUCAGGUCAUGCAAAUCCCAGUUUGAGGUCUCCAGAGAUCAAUUUUUCAGAACCUAAACCUGUACUUAAUUAUUCUAUACAAACUGGUGAGGAGUUUGCUCUUGAAUUUAUGCGUGACCGUGUCAAUCCUAGGCAUCCAUUUAUUCCAAAUAUCUCUGGGGAUUCCACUAGUGCACCAGGUUACUUGGAGCUGAAAGGCAUUUUAGGCAUUAGUCAUACUGGUUCUGAAAGUGGUUCAGAUGUUUCCAUGAUUCCCACAACAGAAAAGAGUUCAAGAGAGUUUGAGCGUAGGAAUUUGUCUUCUCAUGGCAACAGGGGUAACCACGGGUCAUUUCAAUCUAUGCUGCAUGCCUCAUCAGGUUACAACAGCCACCACACACUUAGAUCUGCUUCUUCCGGAGCAUCUGAUAGUUCGAACCUGAAGGUUCUCUGCAGCUUUGGAGGUAGAAUCCUUCCUAGGCCAAGUGAUGGAAAGCUCAGAUAUGUUGGCGGUGAAACACGCAUCAUCCGGGUAAGCAAGGAAAUUACAUGGCAAGAACUGUGGGAAAAGACUACUGCAAUUUAUGAUGAGACUCAUACCAUAAAAUAUCAGCUCCCUGGGGAGGAUCUUGAUGCUUUAGUUUCUGUAUCAACCGAUGAGGAUUUAUUGAACAUGAUGGAGGAGUGCAAUGUACUUGAAGAUGGAGAAGGAUCCAAAAAGCUUAGGAUGUUUCUGUUCUCUCUUGGAGAUUUGGAAGAUGCACAUUUCAUUCUAGCCAACUCCCAUGGUGAUUCAGAGAUGAAAUAUGUGGUUGCUGUCAAUGGCAUGGACAUUGGAUCCCGGAAAGGCUCUGGUCUUCGUGGUUUAGCAGGCUCUUCCGGAAACAAUUUAAAUGAGUUGGACUCACUGAAUGUUGAAAGAGACUCAUGUAGGACUUCCAAUGAAUUUGCUGGAAUUCGUACCCCAAAUAUGGCAGGCUUUGUUGUCACAUCGGCUGCUACUAAAUCUUCUGAAUCUAUUUUACCAAAUUCCUCCAAAGUUUAUGGAACUGAUUUACACUUCUAUCAUGGUCAGCCUGUGCCCCAUCAUGAAGACAAACAACAUCCUCCACAAUUUGGCUACAAUUUGCAUCCUCCUUAUAUUACGCCUCCAGAAAAUGCUAUGCCACAAUCUUCUUAUGGGGCUAUUUCUCAACAUAAAGGUCUUGAAGGGAUUAGUAGCUCAGGCACCCAGGGCACAGAAAGGCUAGAAAAGGAAGCCAAACUGAAUAGUGAUGGUUUGAGACAACCAGAAAGUGGAAGCAGUCAAAUGUUGGCUAAUGAGCACUCUGUAGCAUACAGUGCUGGCACAAAAGUUAGUUUUCCUGUUGAAGAGUCAUUGACAAUGGGCCCUAAACUGGAGAGAGAAUUCUCAUCAAAGAGUGAAGGCAGGCCCCAGGAACCAGUGCAGGUCUCUAAAGCUCUUGAUGCCGUUAAUCCAUCCCAACUUCCUAAAUCUAGUGGCAAUGAGUACUUUAUCACUGGUAAUGCACCUGCUCCAGAAUCGAUCAACUCGGAGUCUGAUCCUGCUGAUUUAACCUACUCUGAGCCUUCUGUUCCUCCUCAGAGGGUCUUUCAUUCUGAGCGUAUUCCUCGAGAGCAGGCAGGUCUACUUAGCAGAAUAUCAAAGUCUGAUGAUUCACAUAGUUCUCAGUUUCUUGUUAAUCAGUCACAGACUGAUAUUCCCCAGCAGGAUUUAGUUACAGGAUCUGUUGAAAAUUUGCAAAAUGGGAAUGUAGAUAUUCCUAACGAGCAGUCAAUGCCCAGAACUCAGAAGUUGGAUCAAAUAGAUGUUAAAGAUGCCGCACAUGAAAAUCAAGUUCAUGCUGUGGGGCCAGAAGGUGGUUCAAAGCUUCCUGCUGUGAGCCAUGGGGAUGCAGUGCAACACUCUGAAAAUCCUACGACUCAUUUGGUUGAUGGAGUUGGUGGUCAGUCCAUUGCUAGUGAUGCUCAAGGGCAUCCUCAACCUCCUACAUGGACAGGGACUCAGGAAGAAUCCAGGCCUGCUAUUCCCAGAACCGAGCAGGGUGACAUUCUUAUUGAUAUCAAUGACCGAUUCCCUCGCAAUCUUCUUUCUGAUAUAUUUUCAAAAGCUAUCCUUUCAGAUAGCCAAUCUGAUAUUGGUCCUCUACAGAAGGAUGGAGCUGGUAUGAGUGUGAACAUAGAAAACCAUGAACCUAAGCACUGGUCCUUCUUCCAGAGAUUGGCAGGGGAUGAGUUCACGAGAAGGGAUGUUUCUCUUAUUGAUCAAGAUCAUGUUGUAUUUUCCUCUGGACUUAAAAAGGUUGAAGAGGAGGCUCCUUUAGCGUAUGACUUUGUGCCACUGACACGAGAUGGAAUUCCUCCUACUCAUAGUGGAGUGCCAGAGAAUUAUGGUGAAGAGGAUAAAAAAGACUUGCAUGGUGGAGAUGGUGCUGUCUCCAUAGGUCUUCAUUCCAAUUACAGCGCUUCACAAGUAAAAGUCAGUGAAGGCAUUCAGUAUGAUGAUUUGAUGGAUAAUAUGAGAAUUCAAGAUUCAGAAUAUGAGGACGGGAUUGGAAAUGUUGGCUUACCUCCUCUAGAUCCAUCAUUGGUGGAUUUCGAUAUCAAUUCAUUGCAGAUUAUACAAAAUGCAGAUCUUGAAGAAUUGAAGGAACUUGGUUCUGGAACUUUUGGUACUGUAUAUCAUGGAAAAUGGAGAGGCUCAGAUGUGGCGAUCAAGCGCAUAAAAAAGAGUUGCUUCACUGGUCGACAAUCAGAGCAAGAGAGACUGACCAUUGAGUUUUGGAGGGAAGCUGAAAUUCUCUCAAAGCUUCACCACCCGAACGUGGUAGCAUUUUAUGGUGUUGUACAAGACGGACCAGGGGGGACAUUGGCUACCGUGACGGAAUACAUGGUUGAUGGAUCUUUAAGACAUGUUUUACUUCGUAAAGAUAGACACCUCGAUCGCCGGAAGCGGCUCAUAAUUGCCAUGGAUGCAGCUUUUGGGAUGGAAUAUUUGCAUUCAAAGAAUAUAGUCCACUUUGAUCUAAAAUGUGACAAUUUGCUAGUUAACUUGAAAGAUCCAUCAAGACCUAUCUGCAAGGUAGGUGACUUUGGUCUAUCAAAAAUAAAGCGCAACACCCUGGUUUCUGGUGGAGUCAGGGGAACUCUGCCAUGGAUGGCUCCAGAGCUGCUGAAUGGCAGUAGCAAUAAAGUUUCUGAAAAGGUUGAUGUGUUUUCAUUUGGUAUUGUCCUGUGGGAGAUACUCACUGGGGAGGAGCCUUACGCCAACAUGCAUUAUGGUGCAAUCAUAGGAGGCAUUGUGAACAACACAUUGAGACCAACCAUUCCGAGCUACUGCGACACAGAAUGGAGGAGAUUAAUGGAGCAGUGUUGGGCCCCAAAUCCUGCUAUGAGGCCAUGUUUUACAGAAAUUGCUAGCCGAUUGCGCGUAAUGUCUUCCUCUGCUCAGACACGGAAGGCGAGUUGAUAGAUAAUUGGAAGAUGGUUUGAUGUCUUCUUUACUAAUUAAAGCAAUUAGUUCAUUUAAUUCUAGAGAGUAGGGACAUUACGUCAUUAAUCAGUGAACAAAUGGCCUGAAAAUUGGCAUACACAUUUGUCAUGAUCAUCAUCAUCAUCUUCAUAUAUAAAUGUGAAGUUCUUUGAACAUCCCAUGAUGGGCAAAGCUUUUAUA